UCUCCUUUUUUAUGUUGCGGCUUUUGAGCCAGGUCGUAACAUAACCUAUGGUGCGCCACAUGGUUCUGUGCUGGGGCCUUUAUUGUUUCUAAUGUAUCUACUUCCUCUCCAGCAUAUUUUAAGCCCCUUUGAGGGCAUUUGCUACCCAGAUGAUAUCCAGUCCCAAGAUGUUUCUAAGCUGCAGAUUCUGAAUGAGAGCUUAGAAUCCAUUAAAGGUUGGAUGGUCGACAACUUUCUCCAACUUAAUGAAGGACAGACCAAAGUCCUUGUAUGUGCUCCUGACAGACAUGUACCUAAGAUAAUGAAUGCUCCUGGUCCUCUUUCAACAUUUGUGAAAUCGUCCAUCAGGAACCUCGGGGUAAUCUUUGACCCGGUUCACUUUGGUGAGCCUGCUUUUAUCACUUAAAAAAACAUUUCUAAAUUAAGUCUCGUACUGAACUGGAGAUUAUUAUUCAUGCAGUCAUUUUAUCAUGAUUGGAUUGCUGUAAUUCACUGUUUACAUCUCUAAGAAAAAACUCCCUGGAGCGUCUGCAGAUUGUCCAAAACGCUGCAGCAAGGCUUCUGACCAAAACAUUGAAGUGAACUCCUGGCCAAAAACAUCUUCAUAUUGCUUGCAACCACACCUCAGGGCAUUCAGUCUAACUGCACCUGGACGAACAGAGCAGAGCAGUCAGUGUUGUUGAAGGCACCUCAUCGCAAAUAACAUGGAGGAGUUUAUUCAGAACCUGCCAGAUCUAGAUGUCAGCUGCUACGUCAGAAACAUGUCCACCCCUGUGUUAGUCAGCAUGGGGGCUGUGCUUGCUGCGACAACCUAUUACCUAGCAACACGACCCAGGCCCCUCCCACAGGUCUGUGACCUGCAGAUGCAGUCAGUUGAGGUUCAGGGUGGAGAUUUGGCACGCCGAUCAGUUCUACUGACCACUAACAGUCCCUUGACACAUAUCUAUGAUGAUGCCACUACGUUGUAUGAAUUCUUUCUCAGAGGCGCCAGAGUGUCCAGUAACGGUCCCUGUGUCGGCUCCAGGAAGCCAAAACAGCCUUAUGAAUGGAUUUCCUACAGAGAGGUAAUUGAGCAAGCAGAGAAUCUGGGUUCUGCAUUUCUUCACAAAGGAAACAGCAAGACUGCCGACUCUCACAUCGGCAUAUUCUCUCAGAACAGACCAGAGUGGACCAUCAGUGAGCUGGCGUGUUACACCUAUUCUCUGGUGUCAGUCCCUCUGUAUGACACGCUGGGAACAGAGGCCAUCGGCUAUAUUAUAGACAAAGCUUCUAUCUCAACUAUAGUGUGCGAUGUGAUGGAUAAAGUCAAUCUAGUGCUGGACUGCAUUAACAACACGAAACACAGUGUGAGAACAAUUGUUCUAAUGGAGAGCCCGAACACCAGCCUGAUCGAACGGGGACAGCAGGCUGGAAUCCACAUCCUCAGCCUGCAGGAGAUGAUGGCCAUAGGGAAGGCCAACCACCAGGAACCACUGCCCCCUCAGCCCAAGGACAUGGCAGUCAUCUGCUUUACCAGUGGAACAACAGGAAAACCAAAGGGAGCUAUGUUGACACAUGGGAAUAUUGUCUCCAACUGCUCAGCUGUCAUCAAGAUUACAGGGACCACCUGUCCAGUGCUUCCCAAUGAUAUCCAUUUGUCCUAUCUGCCCCUGGCUCACAUGUUUGAGAGGGUCGUGCAGGGAGUCAUGUUGAUACAUGGAGCCAGGAUUGGUUAUUUCCAGGGAGAUAUUCGUCGACUGUCAGAUGACAUGAAGGUGCUGAAGCCUACGGUGUUCCCCGUGGUUCCACGACUCUUAAACAGAAUGUAUGAUAAGAUCUUCGGUCUGGCCAACUCACCCUGGAAGCGCUGGCUGCUGGAAUUUGCCUUCAAGAGGAAGCAUUCUGAGAUCAUGAAAGGCAUCAUCAGGAAAGACAGUAUAUGGGAUAAGCUCAUCUUCAACAAGGUCCAGGCCAGUCUUGGUGGCUGUGUGCGUCUCAUGAUAACAGGAGCAGCUCCCAUAUCUCCAGUUGUUCUCACCUUCCUCAGAGCUGCACUAGGCUGUCAGUUCUAUGAAGGCUAUGGACAAACCGAGUGCACUGCAGGUUGCACAGUGACCAUGCCUGGAGACUGCAUUGCAGGUCAUGUUGGAGCGCCUCUGCCCUGUAACAUAGUUAAACUGGUGGAUGUACCCGAGAUGAACUACCUGGCUGAAAAUGGAGAGGGAGAGGUGUGCGUGAAGGGCGCCAACGUAUUCCAAGGCUAUCUAAAUGACCCAGAGAGAACAGCAGAGACCAUCGAUGCAGAUGGGUGGGUCCACACGGGAGACAUUGGGAAAUGGCUUCCGAAUGGCACGCUGAAGAUCGUGGACAGGAAGAAGCACAUCUUUAAGCUGGCACAGGGCGAGUACAUUGCUCCUGAGAAGAUAGAGAACAUCUACAUGAGGAGUGAUGCGGUGGCGCAGGUAUUUGUGCAUGGAGACAGUCUGCAGGCGUGUCUGGUAGCAGUGGUGGUUCCUGACCCCGACUUCCUGUCUGACUGGACCAGGAGGACGCUGGGAUUGCAGGGCAGCUACCUGGAACUAUGUGGCAGAGCGGAAGUUAAAGCAGCCAUCUUGGAAGACAUGCUGAGGCUGGGCAAGGCAGGAGGCCUCAAGUCCUUUGAGCAGGUAAAAGCCAUCUGCAUUCACACCGAGCUGUUCUCCAUCGAAAACGACCUGCUCACUCCAACAAUGAAGGCCAAGAGGAACGAACUGCGCCAGUACUUCAGAUCCCAGAUCGACGAGUUAUACGCUGGGAUCAAAAUGUAGAAGGACAAGUGGAGAGCGGGAGGGAAGAAUAGGCGGCAGCUCUUCUAAUGGUGCUUUAGAUUCAAUUAAAAGGGGAAAGAAUAACUGAGGUACAAGCUGAAGCACACAACAGAAAGCAAAUGAAUGAGACCCUCGAGGCCAUCAUCACAGGCCUGUACUACAAAGCAGGUUAUCUUUUUAUUACCUGGCUUAAU